CAUUCAACGUCAUGCGUCAUUCCAAAUGUCACCGCACGCAAUUCCCCACAGUCACCACCACAAACAACCAAUAAUGAUUUUCAGUCCACGCGCAGCGCAAGUCGUCGUGGUCGUCGCCGUCGCCGUCGUCGCGUUGCAAUAACCCGGCUCGCGCAUCAUUACCACCUUACAAACCACGUCAAUUACAACAAAAAUCACAAUGAGAUAAAGAUAAACCAACACACGCAUUCAACAACACAGCAGCAUAAAUCAGUAUUACCUACAUCUACAUGGGGUUAUAACACAUCAUCACCUCACCGAAAAUCCACACAAAUUGUAAAAAAAUGCUGCUCUCGUGCCACGGCCUGUCGUCGUCGACAACUUUCCACCUCUUCGUCAACUACUUCCUCUUCUGCUGCUUCAUCUCGUACGCCAACAGCAUGAAGAACGUCAUCUACGCGGUGAACUGCGGCGGCGACGCGCACACCGACGUCCACGGCGUCCACUACGAGCGUGAUCCUCUUCACACACGCAUUGGUAUAUCCUCAGACUAUGGUAAACGCCUCUCCAUCGGACGCGUGCAUCCAAACGAUAAUAUUUUGUAUCAAACCGAGCGAUAUCAUACCAAUACUUUUGGUUAUGAUAUUCCGAUCACUUCGGAUGGAGAUUAUGUUUUGGUGCUGAAAUUCUGCGAGGUGUAUUUUGCUGCUCCGGAUCAAAAGGUGUUUGAUGUCAUGCUCAAUGGGGAACACACAAUCAUCAGUGAUUUAGACAUUUAUGAUAAAGUCGGACGAGGCGUUGCUCAUGAUGAAUACAUUCCAUUUACUAUAAGCAAAGGUCGCCUAUUUUAUAGUGGUGAAGAUUCCGAAAUACGUGGCAAUAAAAUCCGUGUGGAAUUCAUCAAAGGAUUCAAAGACAACCCGAAAAUCAACGCGAUGUUCGUGAUAAAAGGUAAAAUGGAGCAUGUUCCGCGUUUGCAGACGUUGGCUGAACCAGAGCCAAUGCAGAGUGACUGGCCGAAGAAAAAAGAAGACGAUGAUGAUUUUGUGCCUAAGAAUCGCCGGCCGAGUGGGCCGAAAAUGCCUGAUCCUUACACUCUGGAUGAUUCCUCGGCAAUGCUGCCGAUUUUCAUCGCGCUCGGCGCGUUUGUACCGUUCCUCUUUUGCCUCUGCAAGUUGUGAUUGUUUGCAGGCGACCAGCACACUGAGCACAAAUGACGGCCACACACAAAAAGACGAAAUAAUCUUAGGUAUUUGUUGUGAUGACGUGAGUUACGAUGGUAUGGUUUUAAUUGAGGUUAUGAGUUGAGUUGAGGUUUGGUGUUUCCCCUUUUUUUUUCUUUACAAUGAUGAUGGUCAAUUAGUCAAAGGUCAGGAGGAGGACAUCAUGGCUUGCACCAGUUGUACUUAAAUUAUUUACUUAUUUCCAGUAGAAUGGAUUUAACUGUUUCUUGAUUUAGAUUAUCGCAUUUAUAUUUAUACAUAGAUUAUUAUCUUCGAUUUUCAUAUAUUAUGGAAACUUGCAUUUUUACAUUAUUUACGAUCGAACGGUAUGGACUUACAAGUACAAUUUAGUUUGUAAGAAAACUAUUGUUAUUGAUUUGAUUAAAUGUGAUUGCAUUUA